UGGGUUUAUUGUUUAAAAGUUAAACUAGCGCCAAUAGUCACACGACUAGUUUUCAAAGCGUUCGGUGACAUCCCGCCGAUGUGAUUUAGAAUGAAAAACGAAGUCGAAAAUGAUCGUGGAUCAUCAAGUAGUGAUACCUUAACGCCCAGUCGAAGUCGCACCGACAAUCAGGAUUUGUCAAAUAUUAAGGUUCAACCUGGCUUGAUGCUAUCGCCCUUCUGCGCGAAGCCUCGCGGUUCCGUUUGUCUCGAGCUUAUACGCCAUAUUCGACAUGACAUCGUACAUUACAGUUAUCACGCUGGUGCUGUUACAGCCUUCUACAUUGUGAUGGUCAUUAGCUUUUACCUAGGCACGUAUACAUUCUCGCCAAAAACCGAGGCGGGUAUAAGGUACAUUGUGGCAAAAGUUUUUGAUACUCUCCAGGAUGAAAAUUAUCCAAUAACAACGCGAUUCGCUAAUCUGUGCGUAAUUUCUGCAAAUGACUCGGUCCUGCUAUGGCGGUUCGACAUGUACCGGUUCUUUGAUGAGAUUACAAAAAAUGAUUCGGUCAAACAGCGCUUGGGCGAAGUAUUCACUGACCUUGAACAGCCAUUCGUAGAGCGUGUUCGUUUGGGUCUCGAUUAUAACCUCUUCAACGGCUCGGUGUUCUUGUGCGACUCCAUAUUUGAAGGUCUUAACAAAAGUCGCAGGGUUCCACUGACGAACUCGACCGUCAUGGACACAUUAUCCCUUCAAGAUCUUUUUGUUAAAUCGAUAUACCUCAUCAAAACAUAUGCAUUACAUCCACCAUAUGUGGAGAUACGCCAGAUAAAUUUUGAAACUUUUUGCAUAGCGUUCGUACCGGUCGUUACUCGUCAUGUGAUUUCUUUUGACAAGACGCUAGACGACAAACAUACGAUUGAGUGGCUUUGUCCAGGGGUCAACCUUUCAGGAAUCAUUUCAACUACAGUAAUAAAAGAAAUAAUAGACAAUUCAAGUGUUCCGACAGUGUCAAACUGUUCAUUGGAAGCCGCCGUCUAUGUGCAACAGGCCGAUACAGCGCUUAAUGGCGAUGCAAAAACUGAACCGCAGAGACUCCUUCGGAGAGCUAAUCUAGUUCUGCAAGUGCUGAGAUACAAAGAGGACGACGGUGGUAUUCUUCCUAGUUACAUGUACCCCCUUGUGGUUAUUGCGGCGUGGACGUACCCUAUGAAGCUUAUACCACCUCGUACGUCGUGUGUUGCUCUUCACUACGCAUUGAUCGAAGUUAUGGGGAGCAACGGCACCUACAUUACCACUUUGCCUUCAAAACAAGUCGUCGACAUAACUUUGAUGAAACUUCGACGCACUCGUCAAUUAUAUAACUGUCAGGAAGUAUUUGUCAACGUGUUUGUUACACUUAUCAACGUUUGGAUGGCGACGAGAAACACUAGCGCAAUGGGUUUAGCUUUCGUUAGUGAGGUAUCUGGUUAAAUGUCUAACGUCGGCUCCUACGGAGAAGCAACACCUGACAUUCGUCUGAUGGAAUCAUUUCGAGGCCUGAUCUGUCGAAGGAAUAAAAUCGUACGUCGUUUGCGUUGCAACUGUGCCCAGUGAUGGUGA